AACGAUCAUUAAUCGCUGCAGUGGACAACGAAUAAAAAACGAGCCACGCGAACGUUUCAUAAGCAUUCCAGCAGCGUGAUAAGUAUGUGAAUAGACAGUUCCUAUUCAGAAUAAUAGAGAGAUCUGCAUUCGAACACUUGUCAAAGUUCAAAUAAAACUAGGGCGAAGAAAAAGGUAAGCUUCAAAUAAUGUUUGACAUUUUUAGUAGGCUUACUGUCUCCUAAUUACUUAUUUUCUUACAUUUGCAUCGACCACGUCUAUGUUACGAUAAACUAGAAAUCAAAUUCCAAACUAGAAAUGAGCUGACGACGGCUCGAAGUAAUUUGCAAAAUCAUUGUGAUCCCUGAACAUGUGAACUUCGAUAACCUCGACCAGAUAGCACUAACUAUGGAACGGUUGAGACUUUAUAGAAGCAUUUGGUCAGAUGCCAGAUAACAGCGAGCCUGUAUCGACCAGCCAUCGGUGAUUAUAUAAAGAACCAUUCAAUGAUACUUCAGAAUCUCAGAAUGGGAGGAAAUAUCAUUGCCGUCAUCGCUCUGGCCGUGCUUUCCAUCAUCACGCCAAAUUGGGCCAAAGUAAAAGUGACCCAGGUGCAAGUGCUAUUCAGACAUGGGGAGAGAACUCCACUUUCUAAAGAGCUGUACCCAAACGACAUCUACAAUAUCUCCACCUAUGAUGAGUGGGGCCUUGGCCAGUUGACAAACACUGGAAAGAUGCGGGAGUACCAGCUGGGAAUGGUGCUGAAAGAUCGGUACGAAGACUUGCUGGGCCCUACCUAUGUACACAGUGAUGUUUACGCCCUCAGCUCAAACUUCGAUCGUACAAAGAUGUCCCUUCAGCUGGUUCUGGCCGCCCUUUUUCCCCCUUCAGCAAAUCAAGUCUGGAAUCCCGAUUUGCCCUGGAUGCCUAUCCCCAUUCACUCCGUACCGAAAAGUAUCGACAUCCUGUUCCGGGCCCACGAGUGUCCAAAAUUCCAGGAGGCGUAUUCUCGGAUAGAACGACUUCCACACUUCCAGGAGCAGUUCGCAAUACACAAAAACUUUUUCGAGUUCCUUUCGGAAAAAACUGGCCUCAAUAUUACGGAUCCGGUACCGGUUUACGAGAUCCAAGGUCUUCUGGCUGCACAGAAAGGAAUGAACUUAACUUUGCCCGAAUGGUGUACGCAAGCUGUCUUCGACCACAUGAGCGAGCUCGCUGUCCUCUACUACCAUAUGAGGAGUUACACGCCGGAGGUUAAGAGGCUGGAAAGCGGACCGUUGGUGAAAAAAUUCAUCGACAACAUGAAGCUCGAUAGAACGCAAGAAAAACCACGGAAGAUUUACCUUUACAGUGGCCACGAAAUCACCGUUUCUGCUUUUCUCAAAGCUCAUGGAAUCCUCGAACCCAAAAUUCCGCUCUUCGGUACUGCAGUCAUGGUCGAACUGCUCCAGAACAAAAGUGGAAAGCGUUUCAUAAGGAUGAUGCUGUGGACUGGAGUAACGGAGCAGCUGAAAACGCUUCGGUUACCUGGCUGUAGAUCCAUCUGCCCAAUUGAGAAGUACUUAGAGCUAACUCGAGAAAUUAUACCGUCACAGGAGGAACUUGAUUGUCAUUACAGGCGACUCACUCUAAGCGUAUUCCGUGGUUUCACCGAUGACCAAGUAUACUACAAUUGACGAGGGGAAGAAGAGGCAUUCAAUAGUCGAAGAUUGUUCUGUCAUCCAUAUGUUUUCCAAUUUAAUAUAAAAUUACUCAGCA